AUGGCAUCUCGUCCACCGAACUUUCUUCGCUAUUUCCGUUUGCAGCUACGCAACAACAGACCACCCACAGUGCCGCGACGAACCCUGUCCACACCCUCUCCUUCACAGCCGCCAAAGCUACCCAAUGCGAACGCUAAUGGCUCUCAAUCUCGCUUGCGCCGGUUCAAUGACCGUCUCCCCCGCUUUCUCCGCAAUUAUACCACACCCUUAUUCGGCGCCCCGGUCACCCAUAUCACUUCUUUCUUAAUACUCCACGAGAUUACUGCUAUACUUCCAUUAUUCGGACUGGUUGGUGCCUUUCACUAUGGUGCAUGGAUGCCGGACCUUUCGUCGGAGACAGGCGAGACCAAUGCCUUUGACGAAGGAGCUGCACGGUUUGGUCGCUGGCUGAAGAAGAAGGGUUGGGUGGAUCAGGAUGAUGUUCAGACUGUCGCGGAACAUGAGACUACCGGGGAGAACAAAACGCAGCGUGCGGGGGUGCGAUUGGUGCUGGAAUUUGCAACAGCCUACGCAAUUACCAAGGCGUUGCUGCCAGCUCGACUGGCAGCUAGUGUAUGGGCCACGCCAUGGUUCGCAAGAACCGUUUUUACACCUACAGCCAACCUAGCUAGGAAGCUAUUCGUAAGAGGUUGA